AUGUCCCUUAAUCUAGGCUCCGCAUUACGGAAACUUAUCAACUAUGGGUAUUUAACUGCACCAAUCCCGCGGGUUUCAUAUUUCGCUUCCUCGAAAUGGAGCUCCGCGGUCUGCCGCUAUCACCAUAGAGAUCACGCAUUCCGCAGGCAUCGACGAUUACUCCAUACCUCGCUAGAUACCACCCGAGGAGCAGAUACGCCACCGCAAGCUACACUCCAGAGUAACAUCUCGAAACUUGACCCUACGUCGCUUCCAUUGUCAUGCCCUGGCUGCGGCGCAUUUUCGCAAUGGGUCACUCCCGACGAAGCUGGUUUCUAUUCUCUUAGCAGGAAUGCUGUAAAAGAGUAUAUGCGUUGCUUCUCUCCUGAUCCUGAAGAAUGCAGCUCUGCAGCUGAAGAUGUGCGAUCGAGCAACAGUAAUAUCAGCAUUAUCAAUGAUGCGCCGGCCGAAAAUGGACUGGCUGAACAAUCUGCGACAGGGCUCGAAGGCAAGGGGCGAUCUACCUCAACUCCCUUGAAUAGCCUGCACCCAGCUAACAUAACAUUUCCUAUAGGCACACCCCCGCCAAGUGAUAUAAAGGUUCCAUUCUGCGACAGAUGUCACAAUCUCCUAAACCAUGGCCUUGCAUCUCCCAUUCCCUACCCGUCAUUAUCAUAUAUCCAAGACAUUCUAGCCGAAUCACCAUUCAAGCACAACCAUGUCUAUCACAUUGUAGAUGCCGCAGACUUCCCCAUGUCACUGAUCCCUAAUAUUGGACGAAUCCUCUCCCUGGCGAAGAUGCGCUCCCAAAACCGAAGAGCGAAAACCAUACAGUACAGUGGCGGGGCUAGAAAACCCUUUCUUAGCUUCAUAAUUACACGUUCUGAUCUCCUUGGUUCCCAGAAGGAAUUCGUGGACCAUCUCAUGACCUAUAUAUUGAACGUUAUGCGUGAAGCACUAGGUACCAAAGGGAAAUAUGUGCGUCUGGGGAACGUGCACAUGGUUAGCGCGCACAGGGGCUGGUGGACGAAGGAUAUCAAGGACAAAAUCUGGGAAGAAGGCGGGGGUGUUUGGAUGGUUGGGAAAACCAAUGUGGGGAAGAGUAGCCUGCUCCAAGUUGUUUUCCCAAAAUCCCCUAGAGCUCUACCUCCUUCCAAACUAUCUGCCAGUAGGAGGUUCGAUGGGAGUUUACAACUCAACAGGCGGAAUAUGAAUCUCACCGACUCCACCACGCACUACAAUGAACUACCUCUUCCAGGAGAAUUUAAAGACCAGGACCCUGACCAGGGCGGCAAAGCCAUUGAAGAAGUUGACGUCCUCCUACCGCCAGCCCAGAAAGUAACUCAGUACCCCGUUUUCCCCAUUGUCUCUUCCCUCCCUGGAACCACAGCGUCCCCAAUCCGCAUCCCUUUUGGCAGAAAAAGAGGUGAAGUAAUCGACCUCCCCGGCCUCGCCCGUGGGUAG